AAUGUAGAGCAAAAUGUGUGGGAGGAAUUUUCGUAAAGAGAGAAGAGAUCGAGAAACAAAAUCUAAAAAAUGAAACGGUACCAGUAAAAAUAAUACGACAAAUAGCACACCCACACUAACAAACACUAUAAAUAAAACCACAUAGCGUACUCCAUCAUUUCAAAUUGUAAUCUUCAUUACACACUACACAUAUAACAUAAGCAUGGUUCUGUCAGUGCUGCUGAAUAUUAUGUACCGGCCGCCGGCAAAUUUGGCGGUAACUGCAAUUUCAGUAUUCAAUCUUGUGUCGAUGGCCAUUUCCGGGAGGAUGGAAGUUCAGGGAAAGCAUUUGCAGUACUCUAAGCUCCAAAGUAAUGGUACUAAUAAUAACAAUAAUGAAAACAACAAAAACAAGAAUGUGAAGAUAGUAGAAAAGGCUAAAGUACCGAGUCAACUCGGCAUGUUUGUUAUCUACGCGCCUGCUUUUCUCGCUGGAGUUUCCUCUUUUGCCCUUCGACCCAGUGGCGAUCUCCGGUUUAAUUUGGUUCGUUCUGCUAUCACCACCCAUUUCCUCAAGAGAGUCUUGGAGGUGCUCUUCGUUCACAAAUUUAGUGGGUCGAUGGAUGCGGAAAUAAUGAUCCUACUUUCUGUGAGUUACUUAUUAUCCGCAUUGACAAUGAUCUACAAUCAAGAAUUGGUGCAAGGACUCCCCGAACCCGUUAUUGAUCUUAAAUACGUCGGAAUUGCGAUGUUUUUAUUGGGAAUUGGUGGUAAUUUUUAUCACCAUUUUCUUCUAUCCAAAUUGCGAAAAGACGGCGAAAAAGUGUACCAAAUCCCUCAAGGGGGGCUCUUUUCUUUGGUGAUAUGUCCGCAUUAUUUAUUCGAAAUUUUCGGGUUUUUGGGAAUUUCCUGCAUUUGCCAAACACUCUACCCCUUGUGUUUUACUGUGGGAUCAGUUUUCUACUUGAUGGGAAGGAGUUAUGCCACUAGAGAAUGGUAUGAGUCAAAAUUUGAAGAUUUUCCCAAAGAAGUCAAAGCAUUGAUUCCUUACAUUUUCUAGCUAGUGACAAAGAAAAUAAGAGCAUGUAAUAGCUCUUAGACUCAAUAUUGAUGUUUCUAUUAUAGUUUGAAUCCGGUCGAAGUGGUCCAAACGUGACCUAGUCAAUUGUUCGGUUCUAUGUUUUCAACCGAUUUUGAAAAUAAUAUAUUUUAUUAGUCUAUUGUUAUGGCCUCCCAUUUGGGAUUUGGAACAUUAUAUUUACGGCAAAUUAUAAAAAUCCCUCUCAUGUUUAUGCAAUUACGAAAACCCCCCUCUGACAGUGUUUGACC